GUUAGCUCCCGCUUCGUAUAGUUGACCAGCAGAAUAGCAGCAGGCUGAGUUUGGUCGCCGGACACAUAAAGUACUGUACAUUAUCUCCACCUGUAACACCGCAGAGAUGUCUGAUGAGCGAGCAGAACGAUCCGAUGGGAAGAUUGUGAAGAUGGAGGUCGACUACACUUCCACUGUGGACCAGCGUCUUCCUGAGUGCGAGAAAAUGGCUAAAGAGGGCAAGCUGCAGGAGGCAAUUGAGAGCUUGUUGUCAUUGGAGAAACAAACCAGAACGGCAUCAGACAUGGUGUCUACCUCCAGAAUCCUUGUGGCUGUGGUCCAGAUGUGUUAUGAGGCCAAAGACUGGGAUGCUCUGAAUGAAAACAUCAUGUUGCUCACCAAAAGGAGGAGUCAGCUGAAACAGGCUGUUGCAAAGAUGGUGCAGGAAUGUUACAAGUAUGUGGAUGCUGUGACUGAUCUGACCAUCAAGCUGAGACUCAUCGACACACUUCGCACUGUAACUGCUGGCAAGAUCUAUGUAGAGAUUGAGCGUGCCAGGCUGACAAAGACCUUAGCCAAUAUCAAGGAGCAGAGCGGAGAGGUCAAAGAGGCAGCUUCCAUUCUUCAGGAACUGCAGGUGGAGACGUAUGGCUCCAUGGAGAAAAAGGAGAAGGUGGAGUUCAUCUUGGAACAGAUGAGGCUUUGCAUUGCUGUCAAGGAUUACAUUCGCACCCAGAUCAUCAGCAAGAAGAUAAACACCAAAUUCUUCCAAGAGGCUGGCACUGAGGAAUCGAAGCUGAAAUACUACAACCUCAUGAUCCAGGUGGACCUGCACGAGGGCUCCUACCUGUCUAUCUGCAAACACUAUCGGGCCAUCUACGACACCCCGUGCAUCUUGGAGGACAGCAGCAAGUGGCAACAGGCCCUGAAGAGUGUGGUGCUCUAUGUGAUUCUUUCCCCUUACGACAAUGAGCAGUCAGACCUUGUGCACAGAAUCAGUGCGGACAAGAAACUGGAAGAAAUCCCUAAAUACAAGGACCUUCUGAAACAGUUCACCACUAUGGAGCUGAUGCGCUGGGCCUCCCUGGUGGAGGAUUAUGGGAAGGAGCUGAGGGAGGGCUCACCUGACAGCCCUGCCACAGAUGUCUUCUCUUAUUCAGAGGAUGGGGAGAAAAGGUGGAAGGACCUCAAGAACAGAGUGGUGGAACAUAACAUCCGAAUAAUGGCCAAAUACUACACCAGAAUCACAAUGAAGAGGAUGGCCGGACUCCUUGACCUCUCUAUUGACGAAUCCGAGGAGUUCCUCUCCAGCCUAGUUGUAAACAAGACCAUCUAUGCCAAAGUCGACCGGCUGGCUGGCAUCAUCAACUUUCAGAGGCCUAAAGACCCCAACGACCUGCUCAACGACUGGUCGCACAAACUCAACUCUCUCAUGUCUCUGGUCAACAAGACCACGCAUCUCAUCGCCAAGGAGGAGAUGAUCCACAACCUGCAGUGAAACAAGAACAUAGUGCAUUAUUUUGUUUUGGUUCAAAUUUGUUUUUCCUUUUGUGGGAAUGUUUUUGAAUAUACAGUAUGUGGGGUUGGGACUGUAAAGGCAGCGUUAGUCCAAUGUCAUAUGGAUGGAGAAACAUCGACAGCACAUAAACAACACCCCAACUUUGUUCAUUUUUUUUACUAUCUAGUAAAGUAUUGUCAAUAAACACAUGAGCUCCUCCCCUCUUCGCAUCCCUCUGUCAGUGUCACAGGAGACUGGAUUUCCAGAUAUGGUUCCCAUUGCCCUAUAAUGGCUUAUAUACAGUAGGUUAGCAUACGCUGCUGUAUGAACAUUGCUCAAAACUCUUGUAAAUGUAUUCUUAGCAAUGUAAACAAUAAACUCACAUUUGGUUAACAGUU